AUGGAGUGCUCCAGGCUUAGCCUUGUAGGUGCUAGAGGCUCCAGCGGCUCGACAUACCGGCUUCCACAUUCUUCUGAGCUUGUGUACAACGCACCGUAUGCACUCAUGAGUAACUGUGUGGUACGCUACGCAGCCACGUCCCCCAGUGCAUGGGGUACCGUAGAGGCUAUAGAUGAAUACAAGGAGAGUAGUGCUGGCGCGGGAGGUACGCGCUAUGUAGUGGCGUCCUUCGCAAACGCUCCGAGCGUAGGAGGGAGAGAUGCAUUCUUUAUGAGGCUCCCGCAGGAUGGCGCGCUAUACCUAUGCUGCGAGGUACUAGACGUCUCCGAUGACUAUUGGGAAGCUAUGGCAAGCUUGCACAGUAUAGGUUACGGCCCGUCUACGCUACACGGCGUAAUGGACCUGCUUGCGGUCAAGGACGUGAGGUCUGUGGAGCUUGAGGUGCGCGGUGCAUCGCUGCUAUCCUCUGAUAAUGACGAGAGAAUGCAGGUGGAUGGACCACAUAGGUUUGUAGACGGAUCGAUACUGGAGGUCAGGUUCUCGGUAGAGCCCAAGGCGAAGGCGGUGGUUAUCCACGACAUGUUCUACAAACCUGACAAGCCUCACGCUAACGAUACUGUAGCAUGUAAAGAGAUAAUAAGUUGCGCGCUUAGGGGAACGCAGGCCCCAGGAGACAUACAACGUCGCGUGGCUAGUACCUGGUGCAGUAAUCUCACUGCUAUGAUGUGCAGUGCCGCUUGGUCUACCCGUAGAGAUGGCAAUAUCGUUGUGGACUUUGGGUCGGGCGGCGGUCAGUCACUUGAUGUGCUGAAAGACAAUGCUUUAGGGUCAUACAUACUAGUACAGCCUGACAAAGCGUACGGCGGUUAA